AUGAGAGGGGGCGCGAGGGGAGAGCCGAGAAACGGCUGGCCGUCGCGCGCGCGGCCCCUUCGCUACCAGCGCUCGGUGAGGGCGGGAGGCACUUGCUGUGGUGACGGUUCCUGGAAGAAAUUUCGACUUCUACGAGUGUUUGUCCGCGGUGUCUGGGCUUUCUCCCGGUGCCGAGUCCCGCCCGGGGGCUGCAGUGUCGACCCGAGAUUCCGGUCCGUCAUCCGAGCUCCGGCCGCCUCUGAACGCAUUGCGUUGUGUGAUCAGCCGUCUGGGGCGGUGCCGCCACCCCUCUGUGUUGGCUGGACGGCCACCGCGAGAGAGCGAGCCCCCGGUCCGGUGUCGGACCGACCUGUCAACAAACAGACUCGGAACGCUCUGUGCGGCAGUACGUGCGUCGCCGUUGGUACCGAGACUAGAAACGUCCAUCUGCCGGUCAAAACUGGACUGCGGCCGACGGAAACUCCAGCUCUCUCACAGUUUUUAUUUCAUGCGCGCCUGGGAGCUCGCGGGUUGGUGAACCAGCCUGAUUGGGAAUCUCCGGCGGCCUCACACCUGGACGAAAGGCUUGCCUCCCCAGAGAGAUGGUUGCAGUGCUCCAACACACCUCCGCCUCAAACUAUACUCAAAAGGUCCACCAAAGACGGCUGGUUCGCCGAUGGCGGCCCGGCCGCUCCAACACACCACCGGGACCCGCCACAGGAGUCGUCUUACCAG